AAAACAAGAGGCGCCGGUCAGGCCACCGUACAAGAUGACCUCGAGGGCUUUGCAACGCGGUUGAUCCGUUCGCAGCUCGAGGCUGUCGUUGAGGAAGUUUCCUUCGUUCGUUCCACCCGCCGUCCCGCUCAAACCCCCUUCCCCUCCUUUCCACGGGUUGUUUGCGUGCUGCGUGUGAGCAGUGUUGCGUUGGAAGAGCGCUGGCGCCUUCCCGUUCCCACCUGCUCACCUCAUCAUUUCAUCAUCGACCAGUACCCAAAAAUCACUUGAACCCUUGAGACGCCCGAGUCCGCUUCUUCACCGGGAUUGACUCGGAAACUCGGUUGGACAAUGCCUUCUUUUACAAGCAGACACUACACGCCUGAGCGCUUCCGCUCCAUCUCCAAGCCCGAAGACGACAUCAUGGAGGACAUCACCCAAACCACGACCGGCAUGAAGCUCUCGCCGACCUCGCCCGGCGCCGUCGCCAUGGUUCCCUCAGACGGCUCCCUGCUCGACUACUUUGACCUGCCCUCGCCGCCCAGCACGCCCCACCGGCCGACAGACACCCUGGCCUACUCCUCCCUCAACAGCUUCUCAAGCUCCCCGGCCAGCCGCAGCCCCGGGCAGAUGGCCCGGCGCCACUCGUCCAGCGGCGCGCCCGACUCCAGCCGGCCCAAGUCCUCUCUCCCACGCUGGCCAACCGCCUCUCAGCGAAUCAACCGUCUUCCCAUCCGGUCCCGAUCACGGAGCACCUCGUCAUCCCCCCUUUCCUCCUCUCCCCUGUCAGACCCCUUCUCCUCCCCCUCCUCCGCGUCUUCUUCCUCCUCCUCCUCCCCCUCCUCUCCUCCAACGAGGCCGUCCACAUCCCAACUGCCAGAGGACGUCGAGAUGUCCGGGAUGAACCCGAUGGGGCUGGGCGGGCCUUUCGCGCCGCCGCCGCAGCCGCCGCCCAUCAUCCGCCCGGCCCGGCGGACGCCCUACUACCCGCCCAACUCGUCGCGCAACGUGGACCGCACGCGCGUCUACAUGAAUCGCGGGCCCCAUUUCGUGCCCAACUGGACCCCCAUCUCCAGCCUGCCGCGCCACGUGCAGCUCCAGAUCGAGGAACGCAUGACGAGGUUUACGGCCAUCUGAGGACCGGGGGAAGGAAGGGAGGCGGAUUUCUCGUCGGGUUGGGCAUCAUUCCCCGGGGGGUUUCGCGGCCUUUCUCGGGUUGGUUAUUGAGGGAUCGGUUCAAUUUG